UGGAGCUUUGUAUGGCGCCACAUUAAUUGGUUUGGAAAGCCAUUUUUAAAACGGCAUCACAAUGACGCAAGCAGAUACAAAAGGAUUUUCAUCUCGCACAAAAAUAUAAACGUGAAAUUAUCUAGAACCAUAUUUUCGUUUUAACAUACAAACGAUGAAUUAGACUUCUUUCGUGAACAUACAAAGGUUUCAAAAUAAAGAGCAUCUUGUUUCAGCUUGUAACUUCUGGGUAAGAUGUUCAACUGACUUAAUUUAAAGUCGCAAUGUAAAUCUCGAACAUGCAGACAAAAUUACAAAUCGAGCUGUGAGGCAUAAAAAAGAGGGAAACGCAAAAUGCAUGAUUCUUUUGAAUAUCAUUAUAAUUUUACAUUCGAAGACUUUCAAGACAGCUGCUGCAACGAUAGUGUUUUAAAUGCAUCUCAGAUGACACUGGCCAACGCGACAUACCAAUGCUUCAAUGAAACAUUUUGUUUCAACUUGACCAGUGAUUGUCGCUUUCUCAGUUGCAACGCGAACCAAUUCAUAUAUUUGCCAUUAGAACCCCUUCUGGAACUUUACAUGGCACAAGUCAUGCUAUCUUUCUUAGCGUUUACAUUAAAUUUGAUUGAGAUAUUAUACCUAAUCUGUCAAAAUCGCAAGAAGGUAGUAUCUGAGUACUUAUUAAUAAGUUUGGCAGUAGCAGACACGUGUUUUGCCUUGUCUAUAUGCAUCGUCUAUAUUUUGUUAAUUGUUAACCCGAAGUGUGGAAUUUCAUAUAAACAUCUGUAUUUUUUCGCGGACCAGAUAAUUCAAUUUUCCAUAAAUGGUUCCUUACUUCACGUACUGUCAAUGUCAUUGGAGAGAUUAAUUGUUGUCAUGUUUCCAUUAAAGUCCAGAACUCUAGUAACAAAAAAGAACAUAAAAUACACUAUAAUAACUCUGUGGUUUCUCACAUUUCUGUUGCAAGGCAGCGUCGCAACAUAUCAAUACACCCAUGCUUCAGUAAAGAAAGUAACAGAAUACAUUGGUAGUUCAGUCAUGCUUGCUGUAGGCACUAUGUUGUGUAUUUUAUAUGCUUUUAUUAUAAGACGAGUGAGUAAACAAGCCCGGUUUGUUCGUAGAAUUAGUACAUGUCAUCGUUAUAGUAAAAAACAAGAUCGCACAGAGACAGUUGCAUUUAUAACUGCUAUCGUGGUCACUGCUGGUUUUGUAUUGCUUACAUUCCCGCUGGCUAUUGGUAGGAUAAUGAUGGUUGAAGACUCAAAAAUAAGGAUAUCUUGUGAGUGCUUGAUUAUCUCCAACUCGCUUUUUAACCCAAUGGUUUACUUUUGGAGAGGUCACUGGUUAAAAAUACAACGACGAAAAAGCAUAACCAAUUCUAGAAAAACUACGACGGACGUUACCUUAGACGAUUAUGCUGCAGCGAAAAACAAUCGCUCUAGUCCACUUUCGAUAAGUCGUGAAAAUAUAUUUUCUAUAUCACGACAGAAGGAUAGUAAUAUGCUUGAUCCACAAGUAAUGGGUAGGUAUCGCGCAUACACAGAUAAAUGGGAUGGACAUUUAAAAUAUCGUUAUGAAUAAUUAUCAUUCUAUGUUCUACCAUUGAGAUCGCACUAAGAAGGUUUAAAAACUUUCUUGGUCACACGUAUUUCUACCGUGUAUCUCAUGUAUUUAUUUAUACUAUUUUAUUCAGGCUUUUAAAAUAAACU